GUGGUGAGGUGUGAAGCUGAGUAUCAUCACUGGUGCACUGUGGAAGAGUGUGAGCGCUCCAACAGCUUCUACCUUGUAGCACUGACAGUGUGUGUGUGUGUGUGUGAGGGAGAGAGAGCAUGUUUUUAUAUCAUUUUUAUACAAAACCUGCAGCUUUUAUUUUAAAAAUAUUGAAGGUUUUGUUUUGGGGUUAAGAUUACAUUUAGAUUACAUUUAAUUAUCUGCUUUAACAAUUAUGUGAGUGGGAGGUCCUUAUAAGGCUAGUAACACAAACGUACGUGUGUGUGUAAGAGACAGCGAGUAGGGAGAGGGGGAGCAUGUGUGUAAAUGAGUGUGUGUGUGUGUGUGUGUGUGUGUGAAGCAGCCAGCUAGUUAGCCAAGCCAGCCAGCACAGUCUGCUCUCAGAAAUGGCGUCGUUAGGAGCCAAAUCCCGGAGAAAAAAGUCUAUUUUUAAACCGAACAUUGCAUUGUUACGUUUGAAUCUGCAGCAGCUCUGUGCACGCGCAUUACCUGCCCCGUGCUUUCCAAAUAAAUAAAUAAACAAACAAAUGAAGGUAGGAAUGUUACUAGGUGAACAUGCUUAUAUGGAAAACGGGGGUUUCGGGGUUCUCGGAGUGUGAAGACGUGCAGUGUGUGCACUGAAGUGCGCGUGCACGUGCCCGGUUUACAGGGUUCUAUUGUUGUCUGGUCUCCGAAUGAUGAGCGGCUGCAGUAAAUCAGCCACGGGCUUAAAGACGGAAAGAGCUCUGAAUUGCAGAACAUAGUAAUGCAUAAUGAGCAUGGUGAUCAGAAACAGGCUGCCGGGGCUCUCUCUCCCUCUCUCUCUCUCUCUCUCUCUCUCUGUGUGCGCACGUGUGUGCUCUCUCUCUCUCUCUCUCUCUCUCUCUCUCUCUGUCCAGAAGGACAAUAGGCGCUGAAAUAUAUAGAGGCGAAUAAGGGGAGGAAGAAACCGGAUUUUUGUGGUGGUGCUGGUUGGUGUGACCCCCCCUUCCUCCGCCUCCUCCUCCUCCUCCUCCUCCGUAUCCUCCAUCUCCCCCUCCUCUUCAUCCCUCCCUCCCUCGCUCUUACCCCCCCUCCCCAUUCUUGAGGACUUGCAUGCAUGUGAAACGGGAGAGAUAAACAGAGCCGUGCAGCAGGAGCGCGCGCAGGAGGCAAAAAAGAUAGAGGGACACGGGGGAGAGGAGAGAGGAGCGAGAGAGAGUGAGAGAGAGAGAGAGAUAGUGCAUUAGAAUUUAGGAAAUAACCUCCCUCCCCUCUACCCUUCCCCUCCUCUCCCACCCACCUCUUGUCUAUCUCUCCAUCUUCAUCCCUCGCUUUUUUCUGUUUUCCCCCCUUCUUUCCUUCCUUCCAGUCUUUUCUUUUCUGUUCUUUUUUUAAUGGACAGAAAUUAUCCUGGCGCAGGAUUCGGUGAGCUGGGCGCCGGGACGGGAUGGAGUUACGAGAGGUCGGCCAAGGCGAGUCUGAUGUAUGGGAGCUCCAGAUCCUCCCAUCCGGAUUCCGAAUUACUCCAUCGUCAAGCUUAUGCCACACCACACCCCCUGCAAGGCUAUGCUACUAAUCACCACCCAGGCAGCUCUGGACAGGCCGGGGCAUGGGGGGCGGCAGGGCGGAGCUUAGGUCUUUCGGGUUUGUUUGAUGCUGGGUUACACCAUGCUAGCCCCUCAGGGCCUGACGCAUCAGUCAUGAACCUGAUCUCUGCUUUGGAAUCCCGAGGUCCACAGCCUCCCCCAUCUGCCUCCUCUCUCCUUUCUCAAUUCCGUACCCCAUCAUGGCAGACUGCAAUGCAUACCCCUGCCCCAGCUGAGCUUUUCAUCUCCAGUGCUUUGCCUGGAUCUGGUUCAUUCCCAUCUUCCUCGGCCCUGUCAGCAUACCAGCACCCUGCCUCCUUCUCUGGCCGUUCAUUUUCUGGUGUGACACCUUCACUGUCUCUCCAGGAUACGCCUACAUUCAGCCCUACCUCAAAUGGCCUGCUAUCACCCCAUGAUCCUUUGCUACACAUCAAAACACCGUCCCAAUCCAGCCUGGGCUUUGACCGUCUUCUCUCCUCACAAAGUGCAGCAGCAUACAGAGGAGCACAGGAGCCUUCAAGUGGUUCUCAGCCUCAAGCAUCUACAUCAUCCUCUGCCCGCCACUUACCUCCCCCUCAAUUUAACUUGCUCUCCUCCCAACUUCAAGAGCAGUCCUCCCAUCUGUACAAUGCUUCUGUAUUCUCUUCAACACCUGCACCCUCACAACCACCUAUCCCACAGGAAAGAGCAAUUCCACGGCAAGACAGUGUGAUUAAGCACUUCCAGAGACCUUCCCCUGCACCGUCCCAGAUACCCUCGUCCACAUCACAUCCCCUGCAACAUUAUCUUAGCUGUGGAGCAUCAGGCUAUCAGCAAAUCUCGCACCAUCGGCAUGGUGGAAUGAACUGUAGCCCCCUUGGUGACCAAAGCCCAUCGUCUGACCCCAAGCCCUCACCUCGAUCAGACCAAGUGUACCGCCCCAUUGUACAGCCUGCAUAUAGCACUUCCUCAACAUCCUCAUCAGCUGUGUCUGGUGGUGGUAUUGGGAAAUCAGGAAAGAGCUCUAGUUCAAGCAGUGGCUACUCGUCCUCUAGCUCUUCCUCAUCUAGAACUCCUCACACACCUCCUUCAGCUUCCUCUACUACUUCAUCCUCCUCCACUUCUUCUAACCCGACUGCUUCAUCUAGCGCCUCCUCUGCUCCUUCGAGGCAACAACCUCCUCCCCAAUCUGCACCACAACCCCCUCCGCCACCUCCUCCACCACUCCCUGUUUCCUCCUCUUCAACGCAACAGCCUCCUCCUAAACCCUGCCUUUCCACGUACGGCUCUCCUGUGGCUCCUGUUAAACCCACCUCUUGCCUCUCUGGCCAAACCCCACCACAACAACACUCACAAUCAUAUUCACCAAGUCAACCUCCACCAUCCCACCUCUCCCAGCCUUAUGGGGGGUUCAGUUCUCCACAGGCACAGGAAAUUAGCUCUGGUCCUGGUGGAUCAGGAAAAGGGUUUGGGGGUCUUGGAGCGACAGGACGUUCAUUUUCAGGGGAUGGGGUAUAUGGAUCUGAAUCAGGAUAUGGUUCUUUACCACCCUCACUUGGAGGAGCAGGAAGUCCUUCAAUGGGCUACGAUGGUACGGGACAUUCACCUGCCCUAAUUGGAUCUGGAGGUGGUACAGGUUCGACAAGUAGUGGAACUGGCUCAACAGGUGGUAAUUCGACAGCUAAUAGCAGUAACAGUGUUGCAGGUGGAGGGGCUGGAGGAUCAUACCACCUUCCUGAUUCCAGUCGUUCACCUUCAAUUAACUCCGCAAUCAUUAGACCUGGACUGCACUCCCCUGCACCCACUCAUCCUGCACAGUCUCCAGGAGGAACUGGGAGUAAUAAGUACCUAUCCUCAGUUCUUUCUCCUAAUUUUUUAGCUUCUCCACAGGGUUACUCAGACACACGGGCAGCACCACAACAGGCACAGCCUUAUCAUUCUGCACCACACAAGAGCAAGUCAGAGACUGAUAUGCUUGGCAUUGAACGAUCCCAAGAGGAGGAUGAAGAUGAUGAUGAUUUUUUAAUACAGCACCUUUUGCACUCCCAAAGCCCAGCCCCUCAUUCAUCUCAGCACCACUCUCAGCAACAGCCAUCACAGGUAAAUUCCCAGCAGCCAUCAGCACAGCCACAAUCUAUGUCACAGAGUAGGGAAGAAACAAAGGGAAUGUCUGCCUAUGAACUGAACAAGGCAUCUGAGGAACGCUACCAACUACAAAGUGUCAUUCGCACCAAUAAUGCCAAUAAUAAUAGUGGACCAGGAACAGUAAACACUGCUGGACAAGGAACUGGUCCAGGAACUAGCCAAGAAAGUCAACUGGAAAUAUCUCUAAAGAAGCAGCAAACAAAAAUAGAUAGGACAGUAUCAGGUGCUGGGGCAAGUGGAGGACGAGGGGGAAUCGAUUCAAUCCCUCACUCUCACCAGCAUGCUCCGCACACUCACCAACAUGACUCCCUUGGCUCAGUGGUCCAUUAUGGAAGAGGGGACUCCUAUGGCCACCAGACACACCAACAUCACUCUUCACAUUCUUCACACACACAGCACUCACAGCAUCCACAGCACUCUCAUCCCCAUUCCUUGUCUCACGCUCAUGUAGAGGUCAAGAAAGCUACUGAUUCAUCAGAGCUCCCUUACAUACGAAAACCUCCAGAUUUGCAGCAGCAAAGGUCCCAAACUUCUCUUUCCCACAUGGAUUCACCACCUGACCAGACUCAGCAAUCUCAGCAAACUCAUCUUCUACAGUCUGUCCUUUCUCAUUCCACACAUAGCAAGAUGGACACUCAACAGGUCCCCCAACCAACACCACACCCUAUGAGUCAGCAGGCCUUAAUGGGACCAAGUGGGGGCCUUGGAACUGGAAGUGGUGGGAGUGUGGAAACCCAGUCACAGGCCUCUCAGCUUCAACUCCAACUCCAAUCCCAGUCUAUGGAGUCCCACUAUGGAUGUGAGGCACAGAGAAACCAAAGCCAGUCAAGUCAGAAUUCAGUCUCACAACUCGAAAUGCUUGAACGAUCACUCUCUAGAACAAACAGUCGUGAUGGCGCAGGACCCACUGAGAGAAUUGUUGGUGGAGAUGGAGGUGCUAAUGACCAUCAAAGACCACAGCAACAGCUUCAACAGCAGCAUAGAAUGCCUCCACAUCACCAGACCCACCAUCCCCAACAAACACCUUCUGAACUCCAUGAUUUCCUGAAUGAGUCAAAUUUGAACAUGUCAGCCCCUUCACAUCUGCAUCAUAUGGCUUCUCACCAUGGACACCCUCAUUCCCACCACCAACCACAGCCCCACCGACAUCACCAGCACUCCCACCAGCACUCUCGCCACAUGCCAACCAACACUGGACCAAUUCAACCCCAGGCCCAGCCCAGGGAACCAGAACCUCAAAUUUCCCAGCCACAGCUAGAUCAACUUAAAGAUAACCAGUUUGACACUGAAAGUUCUGUGGUGAAAACUACACAGAAUCAGGGACAGAAUCAACAGCAGCAGCAGCAGAGGUUUAUGCCACUGACCUCCAUUUGUUUUCCUGACUCACUUCUCCAAGAUGAGGAUCGAUCAUUUUUUCCAGCAAUGGAGGACAUGUUUUGUUCUGAGGACUACAAACCAAGCUGUGCUGGUGUAGGAGGUACAGGACAGGGAGAUCAGGAUAUUGUGUCUGAAGCACGGGUAAAUGUUCAAGAUGGAAUAGAGUCAGUUAAGGCAGGUGGAGGGGCAGGUGGAUAUGAUAUGAUGGGCCACCAUGGUGACCAGGGUUAUGGGCAGUACUGUCACAGUCUUUCUGAAUCUGACAGUGGAACCAUGCAUCUAGAUUUGGACUCAUUGAAAACUCAUGAACUCCCAUCUACUGUGAAUACAGAGCAACUGGGCCUGAUUCAGUCUCAGGCACCAGGCAUGGGAAUGGGUGUAACAGGGUCUAAUGUAGAUGGAACAGGAACCAAAAUUAUGGGAAAUUCUGGCGUAGGCAGUGUAUCUGGUACAGGUGGGCUGAUCUCGCCCAUCUUCUGUUCCUCUAGACCUAAAAAACUGCUGAAGACCAGCUCCUUCCACCUUCUUAAACAGCGGAGGGACCCCAAUGCCCAGCCACAGUCAAAGAAAACCUAUGCCCAAGAAUAUGAAUUUGAAGAUGAUGAAGAUAAAGCUGAUGUUCCUGCUGACAUCCGACUGAACAGUAGGCGGCUCCCGGAUUUGCUUCCUGAUCUGGUGUCUAGCUGCAGAAAGUCCAGUGGUGGUUCAGGGGUUGGUGGGCUAAGUCCCCUAAUGGGUGACUUGGACUUCUGCAACCCCUCAGGGUACUCAUCACUUGGACCUCCUCCACAGCUCCUUCCCCAUGAUGGGCCAAAGAAGAGAGGUCGAAAGCCCACCAAGCCAAAAAGAGAAGGCCCUCCUAGGCCUAGGGGAAGACCUCGCAUUCGUCCACUUCCAGAACCUCCUUAUUGCAGGGGGCUGAUGGGGCAUGGUGCUGGGGAGAGCCGAAGGGGUCGUGGACGUGGAAGGGGGCGUGGCAGGAAAGAUGAUCUGAUGUUGGAGAUGCAUAGAGACAUUAACAAAGGACAAAAUUACCAACAGCCUCACCAACAAGCACCCCAUCUCCAUCACCAACAACAACUACAGCAGCAACAUAUACAACAGCAGCACUUACCGCAACAUCAUCUGCACCAUCAUUCACAGCCACAGCAGCACCUUCACCCACAGCAGCAACACAUGCACCAACAGCAGCACCUACAUACACAACACCAUCAGCACUUACAUCAACAGCAAACACAAAUCCAACAACAACAUCAGCCUCAACAGCAGUACCAGGAGCCCAUCAAACCUAUUAAGAUAAAGCUUCCUCUUCCCUCCAUGCCUUCAUCUGAAUCCCUCCUGAGGACAGACUCCUUAUCGAGCACAGACCCAGUUCUGUCUGAUGGCUCAGUGGGAUCUGCACCAUCUCUUGGUCUGAGUCCUGGACCCACGUCUGCACUGGACAUGAACAGAACCGAUCUGAACUGUGGUCAGGAUAAGAUGAAACAGAAGGACGAAGAGAUGUCAUGGGAGAGAGACAUGGAUGAACAGUUGACACCAGAGGCAUGGGCCACAAUGCAAAAACUGUCCAGCUCAACUGAGGACAAGCCAUCAGAGCUGAAAUCUGGCUUCAUCACCUCCUUUCUGGACUUUCUAAAAACUGAGAAGAAGCCUCCGUCCGGACCGCUCCACUUGGACGGAUCCAGCCCAGUAGAUGAGCCCUCUGUGAAGGGAGGGAUUCGUCCUUUAUCACCACCUCCACCUCCGCCCCCACCUCCAACUCCUCCACCUUUCGGAGAGACAGAGGGAGAAGGAGGUCUCGCGUUGAGCAAUUGCCCUUCACCGUGCAAACGCCUAGACGAGGAACUCAAGAGAAACCUGGAGACACUGCCAUCCUUCUCCUCCGACGAAGAAGAUUCUGUGAGCAAGAACCAGGACCUCCAGAAGAGCAUCUCCUCAGCCAUCUCCGCCCUUUAUGACACACCCCACAGCCUGGCUGCCCUUCCGCCCCCUCCCACACCAUCUCCACCUGCUUCACAGGCUCCACCCCUAAAUACACCUCCACCACCUGCUGAUUCAGAGACUUUCCCAGAGCUCGAGACUCGCAUGAUGGCCCAUGAGCUUCAUACACACACUGAGAUGAACAUGCAGGAGAGAGCACGUACUCCAGAGGAGGAAGAUGAACCCAUAGAGGACGAGGGACCGGAGGAGCUAGAGGAGGAGAGACUGCAGAAAGUAGACGAUGAUGAAGAUGGAGGCGAAGAAGAGAAUAUAGUUCAGAGUGGAGGAGAGGACAUGGAGAAAGAGGAUGAUGCUGAAGAGACAGAGGAGUUCUGUGUCACUGAUGCUUCUAACGUUGAUGAUUCUUCAUCCGUUCCUCCUCUUGCUCCUGCACCACCGUCUCCUCCAUCUCUUUCUCCCUCUCCUCCCACCUCUUCCUCUCCAUCACCUCUUCCUCCUCCUCUUCUCUCUAUUCCCUCUCCUCUUCCUGCACCAGAGGAGGACAGCCCACAGCCACAACCACAACAACCACCACCACCUCAGCCUCAGCCUUAUCAAGCUCCACUGCUCCAUCAGUCUCUCCCUCCGAGCCCUUCUCCUCCAGCUCUCCCCUCCCCAUCUCCUCCUCCUCCAACACUCCCUCCAUCUGCCACUCCUCCACCAUCCUCCUCCCCUCCCCUGCCCAUGGAGUUACCCCACCCGUCACCUCCCUCGCCCCCAACCCCCGAGGAUGCCCCCGUUCCUCAGAUCACCUCCCUCCACCUGGCUAAGAAGCAGGACAACGCGGCCAUCGCUGGAGAGAGCGAGGAGGAGGACAGCGAGAGUGGCGGUGAGGGCAUUUUCAGAGAGAGGGAUGAGUUUGUGGUUCGCACGGAGGACAUCGGUACACUCAAGCUGGCUCUGCAGACAGGACGCGAGCCUCCUCCGAUUUGGAGAGUGCAGAAAGCUCUGCUGCAGAAAUUUGCACCUGAGAUUAAGGAUGGUCAGCGGCAGUUCUGUGCCACCAGCAACUAUCUGGGCUACUUCGGAGACGCCAAGAUGAGAUACCAGCGCCUGUACGUCAAGUUCCUGGAGAACGUGAACAAAAAGGAUUAUGUGAGAGUGUGUUCUCGGAAACCUUGGCACAGAACCGGCGUUGCUCUCAGGCGCCAAUCACUCGCUAAACCGCCGCCCACCAUCCGCAGUCAAACUCCGCCACGUGUGGAACGAGAGGAGAGAGAAAAGGCGAGAGAAAGAGAGAGACAACGAGAGAGAGAGCAGCAUGAACAAAGAGAGAGGGAGAGGGUGAAAGAGAGAGAGAGAAAAGAGAGGGAGAAAGAGCGAGAGAAAGAGGCAGAACAGAGGGAAAAAGAAAAGCAAGAAAAAGAGAAAGAAUGGGAAGUGGAAAGAGAGAGGGAGGAGAGGGAGAGGGAGAAACAGCGGGAGAAGGAAAGAGAAAAACAAAAAGAGAAGGAACGAGAGAAAGAAAGAGUGAGGGAAAGAGAGAAACAACAAGAAAAGGAGAAGGAAAAAGAGCGAGAGCGAGAGAAACAAAGAGAAAGGGAGCGUGAAAAAGAAAGACAGAAGGAGAAAGAGAAGGAGAGAGAGAAACAACAAGAAAAGGAGAGAGAAGAAAAAGAGAGGGAGAGAGAACGGGAGAGAGAAAAGGAAAAAAAGCUCCAAGAAAGGCAAAAUCAGGAGAAGUUGGAGAGGAGAGGUGCAGUGGAGCGAGGGAGAGUGAGGGAGGACAAGAGAGGAGGAGCAGGAGGAGAGAAGAGAGCAGAGAAGGCCAGGAGCAGGACGGUGAAAGUGAAAGCGGAGCCUCCGCCUAAAAAGAGGAAGAAGUGGCUGAAGGAAGUUCCCUCUUCUGAGUCUGACUCCUCCCCCUCUGCCAGUGAGGAUGAAGGCUCAGUGCGCAGUGUGAUGAACAGUCGAGCUAUGAGGGAGAUGUUCCGCAGCUACGUGGAGAUGUUGGUCAGCACAGCACUUGACCCUGACAUGAUCCAGGCGCUGGAGGACACCAACGAUGAGCUUUAUCUCCCGCCCAUGAGGAAGAUCGACAGCAUCCUGAACGAGCAGAAACGCAGACUGCUGAGGAGAGUCACCAUGAACGCUCAGCACCAGGAAGCUUUGCACAUGUAUCCUCAGAUGAGUGCUGAUGCUCUGGAGUCAGGCAUGGUGAAAGUGCGACUUGGUGGAGAAGGAUACAACCGCAAAACUCUCAACCGGGUUAAAAAGAGUCUGCCCAAGCAACAGGAUCUGAAGCUGUCCACAGAGAUGUGUCGGAUCUACAGCCUCUACCACUCGCUCCAUCACUAUAAAUAUCACACCUUUCUGCACUGCAAGAAGGAGACGGACAGCAUCGAGCAGGCGGCGGAUGACCCCGGGCAGGAGGAGGUCGUUCAGCAGUGUAUGGCUAACCAGAGCUGGCUGGAGACCCUCUUCAAUUCCUUCAUUGAACUGCUGACCCUUAGCAACAAGCUGUAAAGGUCAAAGGUCAUAGCAGGCUCAUAGCCAGAGAGGACAGGAGGACAGGGCAAAAGAAAAAAGGAGGAGAGGAGAGCGAACCGUUACAGACCUCCGAGCAGCAGGACGACUGAAUGUACCGGGUUCCUGACACAGUGGUGUUGAAGGACCGAGCCGAGUUCUGGGCUGCUGCAUCGUCACUUGAAAAUGUUUUUUAUUUUGUGAGACUUUUGGUUUCUGGUAUUGUGUGGAAAACAGGAGGCAGGAAGAAAAGAGAGAAUUUGUGAAGAUGUGAAGAAGGGUGGAGUCACGGCACCCAGGGGACCAGGGUCAGAGCCUCCAACGCUACGUUCCAUGCACACUCUUCUCAAAUAUAUAGAUAUGUAUUAUUAUUAUUAUUAUUAUUAUUAUUAUUAUUAUUAUUAUUAUUAUUGACAUAUAUGGUUUGUAUUAUUUAUACAAGGACAUUUGUAACAAGUGCACCCCUUACAGAGCUUAGAGCUGGGGCCGUUUGCUGUCAUUAUUUUGAAGAAUAAUGUUCAUGUUUUAUUCGGAUGUACAUGAGAUGACUUUCCCCACCUCUGAAAGAAAGGACUGAAGUAAAAAAGAAAAAAAAGAAAAAAAGAAGAGGGUGUUGAACUUAAAGGGGAGGUCUAAAGCUGUGUGUGAUGUCAUCUUUUUUCUCAGAAAAAAAAGAACAAAGGCAAAAAUGUAUUUAAAUUAAAAAACGUGUUUCUUUCUGUUUGUUCUUCAAAAGAAAAAAAGGGAUAAAGAGCGUAUCUGUUGGUUUUCUCAGAGAAAGCGUGAUGGUGCGGAGGGAUGGAACAGUCCGAAAUGUGAAAAUGUCUGUGUUUUUUUUUAUCUGUUGGUCGUUUGCUAUGAUGAUUAUUCUUAUUAUUUUGGACAUUUUUCCUUUGAUUUCUCUGUAAAUAUUGUACAGCCGCUUCAUGAUGACCAGCGCUCCUGUAUUUGAUGACCGCAAAUAAAAUCAGAAAAAAAGUUUGAGCGAUGAAACUGCUGAGAGAUUCAGAAGAGACCGUU